AUGGAGACGAUGAGCGCGAAGAGCGAUAACAACGCGACGUGUCUUCCGAUCAUAAGUUGGGUGCAGAAGAUAGCACUCUAUGAGACCAAAGCCAGGCUGUUCAUAAUUGGGUCGAACAACACUCAGACCCGGUUUCGGGUCCUGAAGAUCGACAGAACCGAAGCCAAAGAGCUCAAUGUCAUCGACGAUAAGCUGGAGUACAAUCAGCAGGAGAUCCGGGAGCUGUUG